AUGAUUCGUACUAUUAAAGAAAUUCUGAGAAGAGUUUUAGGUAAAGCUGCUCUAUUAGAAAAAGAAUUGAUGACUGUACUGUGCGAAACAGAAGCACUUAUUAAUUCACGUCCUUUAACUUACAUAGCAGACAGCACUGAAAAUUUUACAGCUCUUACUCCUGCAAUGUUUCUUAAGGUAGGCAGUACUUAUACAAGUGAUUUAGACCAAGCUUAUUCAUCUAAUCUUGCUACUCGUUAUCGUUAUAUUGAAAAAAUCAAUAGGGAUUUAAAACAAAGAUUUAGAUCAGAAUAUUUAUCGUUAUUAACGCAAAAGUAUGGCAAAAAUAAGAACAAUCUGAAACCUGGAGAUAUUGUACUUAUUGGUUCAGAUGAUUUAAAACGCGUAAAUUGGCCCUUGGGUCUCAUUUUACAGAUAUGUCCUGGUGUUGAUAACAUUGGUAGGGUAGCUCGUAUUAAAACGGCUAAAGGCGAACGUCUUCGACCUUUGCAACGUUUAUACCCUCUAGAGGUGUCACAAUUAGAGGAUAUUCAGUUUCCACGGCCAUCGGGAUCAAAUGAUAAAGUUAUUGAUUCUAAAGUUGAGGUUGAAAAUUGUCCAGCCAAGAUUACACGUUCUGGUCGUCCUGUGAAACUUCCUCAUCGACUUGACAUAUAA